AUGGUCAAGGAAACGGAGGAGAGAAGCAUUGCUCCUUCCGAAGUGACUUAUACAAUCCUUAUUGAUGCUUUUGUACAAUUAAAUCAUAUGGACAAAGCAUUUGAAAUAAAGUCUUUAAUGGAGAAGUCUGGUUUGAAUUUAGAUGUUUUUACAUGUAUCCUUUUGCAUGGGUUUUGUAUGAACGGUAAUAUGAAAGAAGCAUCAAAGCUCUUCAAUUCAUUGGGUGAGCUGCGCUUGGAACCAAACAGUGUCAUUUAUAAUAUCAUGAUUCAUGGUUAUUGCAAAGAAGAAAGCUCUUACAGGGCUCUUAGAUUACUCAAAGAAAUGAUUGACAAUGGAAUGGUUCCAAAUUUGGCUAGCUUUUGUUCAACCAUAGGGCUUCUUUGCAAGGAAGGAAAGUGGAAGGAAGCGGAGUUUCUCAUACAGAAGAUGAUAAAUUCAGGAUUGGAGCCCUCAGUUUCUUUGUACAAUAUGAUUUACCGAGCCAAAAGUGAAGUUCUGGAAGGAGAGGACGAAGACACGGAAGUGGCUGCCAGCUGGAGUACGCUGCGAUGCACGGAGGACGACACAGGAUACUGCUGCGUGGAGGACGACACAGAGGCUGCUGCUGCGUGGAGGGCGACGGAGAGGGAGCGCGACUACGAUGAAGGGAGCGGGAGAGAGGAUAGGGCUGACAGAGAGUUGAGGAGGGUGGAGGGAAAGGGGAUAGGGCCUCCGCGGCUGCUGCUGUCCGGCGGAUGGUGGAGGAGAUUGAAGGACGAGGGGCCGAAAUUCAACCGAUUUAAUUAA